AUGGCGACCAGAAUUGUGCAACCAAGCACAUCCACUGAUCUCGGUCGACUAUGGAGAGGCGCUAUACGAGACUACAAAGAACGUACCGGUGAGGAUCUUUCGACGAUGGCAGUGGGAAACGUCACCGACGUGAUGCGACAAACGACUGUGGUCAUGAACGAGUUCAAAGGGUUUCGCGAUGACGGAACCAAAAAGGCAAACUUUCGAUCGGCGAUGGGGGAUCAUCUUGGUAACCUCCAGACUUGCAUUGACGGCUUUGCUGCAGUCGGGGCCUGUGUCAGUGCUUUUCCUCCAGCGAUGCCUGUGGGACUCGUGUUCACUGCCGCCAGCCGCAUAAUUUCCGCAUUUGCAGGCGUCCGAGCAGACUACGAUCGUGUCGAGGAGUUCUUCGCAUACUCAGCCCGUUUCUUCCAACGACUGUCAAUCCUCGAGGACAAAGCACAGUCCGGUCCGCUUGCUAUUGCUGUUGAGAGGGUCUUCUCCAUGCAGCUCUCGCAUUGGCUCAAAACCUUGUGGAACGAGGUAGAUGAAGAGCUGAUAGCAGCAUAUGCUGGAAUGCAGGCCUCGAUACAGGAACUCAACGAAACGAUUACUUACGAAACCUACGGCGCUCUUGUGGUCGUUCAAACAGGGGUGGUCGCUAAUAGUUCUAAGUUAGACGAGCUUGAUGAGAAGCUACAAUCCUACCGUUCGAGCCUGGACAAAGGUAUCCAGGAAGUCUACGCAAGCACGAUCAGUCUACAUCUCAUCAUCACCGAGGGGAUCGUUACCCUACGAAAUGAGCGGUUAGAAGAUCGUGCUCUGCUUCUGCAGAUCAUCAAAAACCAGGAUAAGACGACCAGAGCCCCGGAGAUUGAGGAAAAGAAGAAGCUCGCUCAAAAGCCGAAGGGUGACAUCGGAGAUCGGAAGUUCCAAGCGUUGCGAGAACUCAAGAAGUUCUUCGCCGACAAGCACGAUGUCUUCCCUUCGUGGCAGGAUGCUCACCAAGAGAACCUGCUCCAAGACGAAGAUUUGCGCGAUUCCAAGGUAAGCAAAACGGCCGGAUGGCUUCAUGAGCAUGCGAGCUUCAAGAGUUGGGUAAGUGGAGGAGUUCCUCUCCUUUGGUUACGAGGCACCGAGGGGAUUGGAAAGUCAUUCCUAGCCUACUCGGCCGUCCAAGAGCUGCGUCUACGUCAAAACGAGCACGACUGCUUGGCCUACUUCUAUUUCAAGGAGGAGCAUCCAUACCAACAGUCAAUGCAAAACGCGUUCGCUUCGGCUGCACUACAGAUUGCCGGAUCAAAUAACAGAUACGCCGAACAGGUAGCGGCCAAGAUCAAGCAAGAGUCCAGUGAGUCCGCAGCAAUGUCAACCUGGGAGAGGUUCUUCCUCUCGGUGUUUCCAAGUGAUAACAAACUCGGUGGUCGCCUUUUCCUUGUCUUCGAUGGACUAGACGAGGCGCACGUGCAAGAAGGUGGAACCUUUACGCGGUUUCUGUCGGAUCUCAAGCGCCUAAACGCCAGUGUGUCAGUCUUUGCGACAAGCCGACCAGAAGACAAGCCCACACUGCAACUGCUCCAGCCUUCGAUCCUCGACGUCACUAAGCAUGAAAUAAAGCACGAUUUGAAGAUACUGGUGAAGGACCGUCUUCGCACACUGCCGCGCCUGCGCAAGUUCACCCAAACUACCAAAUCAGCAAUUCGUCGCGAAGUAGUCAAACACGCAGACAGUAUGCUCUACGUCGAGCAUAUGCUUAGGAGGUUCUCUUACAUAGGUCGAGAAAGAGCCGUUCUGCAAGCACUGGGGAAGAUGCCUCCAAACUUGCAUGGACUUUACGAACUUCUUUUGGACGAGUGCCGACAAAAUCGAUCCGAAGCGCAAUACCAGGCGAUGAAGAAGUUAUUCGCGUGGCUAGCGUUCUCGAAACGAUCGCUUAGCCUCGGCGAGGCAUCGAGCUUGGUUCAACUCGCACUGUCCGACGACAGCUUCGACAUCGAAGAGGAGAUCAUCGGACGUUCCUCUCGUAUCCUCGAACUUACCCGAUCACGGCAGCCAGAGGACGAUAUAAAGGACGAUGACAAAGAGGAUGACGAGAUCGAUGAGCCAAUAGACGAGGGCAUACCAGAGCUCGGGUACGGAGACUCCCCUCUCUGCUUCCAGGAUCGGUCACUGCGGGAAUACUUCAAGAGCGUGAGUGUCGAAGAUGACGGUGUAACGGAAUUUCGGACACCUGCCACCGCUGCGCACCUAACAAUUCUGAAGAUGUGCGUGGCUGUGAUGAUGAAAGCGGCCCGAGGAAUCGAAGAGCAAAGCUCCGGGCUCACAGUAUAUGCCAUCAGCUAUUGGUAUGAGCAUCUCAAGGAGCUGGACGCGGAUAACGCGACCCCAGAAGUUGUUCACGAUGUUGUAACACUCCUGCACUGCAUCACGGCCAAUUCAUACAACGUCGCCAAGUUAUUCGAACAGCUAGCGCGACAUACAGACAUAUAUCCCGAGCGCGCUGACGAAGUGCCUAUCGCUUGGUUCGAUACGCUUCUGAGUUGGACAGCCAGGUCAUCAAGCCUACUAGUACAAUUUUCGGAUAGUAAAGUCAAGAAAUGGACGACCGUGGUCCGUAAAGACAACGUUCUGCUUCGGCUUGCUCGCGGUCAUGUCCACAAUUGGUUGGACGCCAACGACGAUUAUUGGAUACCCGAGAGAUUCAGAUUCGUCAGGGCCGCGUUGUCCCUCUCAUUCCCUUUCGAAAUCAAUGAAUCCAAUGAACUUGGGCCACUUGAAUACAUGAAGGCCAUCAUAAAGAGAUACAAGAUUCUACCUGAAGACUACAAGACACUACGGGCUAUUGGGUGCACUCUAGCUGACCACGGUUACGCAACGUGCGAUGAUGACGAUCGCGGAGUAGCAAUGAUCAAGGAAGCUAGCGUGUAUCUCACGAGAGCAGUAGACUGUAUGCGGGGAGACGUUCUGGACAACGUCGCUACAGUUCGCCUACUUGCGUCAGUAUGUGGUCGAUGCAACCAGUCAUCCGACGCGGUAAAGCACUACGAAGAAGCCUACAACAUGCUACCCGAUCACGAGGCCGAUGAAUCUUCUGAACAAGAGCUGGAUCAGAUCAAGUCAAUACGUGUAGCGAUCCUUAUCGAGAAAGCCUCCGCCCUUUCAACGUUGGAGCAGACCGACGAAGCUUUGCAAGCAUUCAAUGAGGCGAGAAGAUUGCAGGGCGAACAACCACUCGCUGGGACCAUUCUGGACGACAUAACGCGACUCUUUCCGAAUGAGGACGAGGCCCAUAGGCGAAGGCUAAUGGAGAUCCUCAAGAGCUGGACUGAGAAGGAGCGCGAUAGCUUCUUCACGUUCAAUCUCGAGGAUUAUGUAAUGGAGCGUACGGUGAAGCGCGUGCAAAGGGCAGCGAUGCUGUGCAACGAGACCGACCUACUCAUCGGCUGGCUGAAGAGUUUAGCCAACACCCUUCCGCCACAAAGCCUACAUUUGUUCAACAUUCGAGGCGCGGUGGCAGACAUCUACUACCCAAUGUUGGGCGAUAUCGAGAACGGCAAGAGACUACGUCAGGAGCUCCUAGCUUUGAAGACAAAGCCCGAUCUUGACUAUGAAGACUCUAUGAAUGAGGCAAAGACGCGCCACCGAAUGGACCUGGCAGACAUCUUGUUCUGUGAGUUCCAGAUGACUGCCGAUCCAACGAGAAAAGAGGCCAUCAUGGGCACCUUGAGAGAUCUACCAAGCGCCCACGACAACGAUGACGACAACAAGAACAUUCGAGAAUCCCAUGUCGAUAUGCUCCGCGCAAAUAUGCUUCGGAUCAUGGGCCCUGCAAAGGAAUAUGAGAGGUACAUGAAGGAACUGUUCAAGAAGUGUGUUGCCGGUCUUGAAGACAGCAUCUCGUGGAACGACUCGUCAAGUCUGCGACUACUAGCCAAGGUCUUGGCAUCUUUGGACAGCUUAGAGUCUGAUGCAAGAAUCGCGAUCAGCACCCAGUUUUCGAUCCUCGACCUUGCGAUCUAUGGACGUCAUCCUGAACCGGAACAGUCGGAGACACGUUCCGACGAGAGCGACAUCGAAGCUGGUGCAGAACAAGAGCUAGUGAAGGAAGAAAGCGAAACGUUUAACGAAGGCGACGUUAUUCGGAACGAUUCCCUGACGGAUGAAGCACAUGAUGCUGAAAGCGAGGAUCUUCCGGAAGAGCCGAUUGAGGAGAAGCAGGAUCCUACAGAGCCGGGAGAACAGGAUGUGCCUGAAACAGAGUCCGCCGAUCAAACGGAAUCCGAUGAGCUUGAUGAAGACGUGUUCCUAGGUGGAGGUCUUGGCUGCGACGGACCAUGCGAAACGAACAUCUCAUCGUGGACUCAGCCAAUCUACUACUGCCUCAUCUGUCCGAACUGCGACCUUUGCGAAGAAUGCCACUCCAAGCGCGUCCAGCAAACGAAGGGAGUGCAACCAGCGGGAGACAAGACCGAAGAGCCAUGGCUUAGCUUCUGCGGCGCGAACCAUCGCUACAUCAAAGGACCGAUGAAGGGUUGGAAGGGCGUCAAGAAUGGCGUUAUCCGGUAUGGAGAUACGGAGAUUUCCGUAACGGACUGGCUUCGAGGGCUCAAGGAAGAGCGGUGGCCGAAUGCUUGGAGGAUCUUUUGGACGAGGCAGGGAGGGUUGAAGGAUAUCGGGGUCGAAGAUUGA